AUGUCGAAACCCUGUAAAAAAAUUAAGAACCCCUGCAAAAUAUGCCUCGGUCCAGUCACACGGAAGAACGGCCUUCAGUGCCAAGGGUACUGCCAGUGUUGGGUGCACUACGCCUGCUUGAACUACACACCUGGAAAGAUAAGGGAUAUCAAAGCUGGUAUUAUCCACGUGACCUGCCCCUGUCCAGAUUGCACCAGCUCUCUGCCAAAAGAGUACCGGUCUGAUGAGCCGUUUAGUUGCACCAAUAUGCAGUGCCCUGCCAAUAAGUCACCUAGGUGCGACAAUACUGGCUGUCCGAUAAACCAAGACAAACCGGGGCUGACUGCCGGUGGCCAAAAAGGUAACGGGAAUGUGAGGAACACAGGAGUUGGAUCUGCGUGCAGGCUAACAAAAUGCGGGAAUAAGGAGUGUAAGGAUAACAGCCUGGCGUUGAAGCAAGGAGCACCGAUGGCCCAUGAGCGAUGUGGAAACGAUUGUAAGGAGCACAGCGUGCCACUACGACAAGGGGCAGUUUUAGCACACCAGGUUCCUCCUAGUCCUAAAUUCUGUCCAUCUGGGUGCUCUCUACCCCCCGGAGACGUAGGUCGCUCUCCACCUGCACCAAACCCGAUGCCAGCGUUACAGCAAAUGUGUAACACAGUGGGACAACUGACAAAUCAAAUUAAUGACCUGAUGCAGCAAAUGAAGUAUGUUGUUCAGGGGGGGAGCGGGGGGGUCCAAGGAUGCAUAGCCCAAAAGACCAAUAUCCGAACUCUUGCUACUGUCCAACGAACCCUGCAAAACGGCGCUAGAGGUUUUGUGACUAGUGUAAGAUCUUUUGUUUGUGAUAAUAUUUUCGGUCAUUGCAAGACACAAAAAAAAUACUAUUAA